AUGGCGAGCGUCAAGGACACCGUCAAGGAAACGCUGGUCGGCAGCAGCGGCAGCAGCAGCAGCGCCGAGACACCUGAGUUGUCGCACCAGGCUCGCGCAACCUUCAUGCGCCACGCGCAAAAAGAUGAAAGCGGCGACUUGUACAUGAGCGAGGAUGAGUUUAUUGAUGCUGUUGCUCCAAAGCAAGAGGACUAUCACAAAAUCAAACGCGAGCAGUACGGCAUUUUGUUCCAGGUGGCUGACCGACGGAAAUCCGGCAAGUUGAGCCUCGCGGACUGGGCCACCUUUGAGAAUCUCCUUGCGAAGCCCGACGCAGAAUAUGAGAUCGCGUUCCGACUCUUCGAUACCGAGGGGACGGGUACGGUGAAAUGGGAGACUGUGAAGGGAUUGUACAAUCUGAACAAGAACGCCGACAACAUUCCUUUCGACUGGAACUCAGAAUGGGCGUCACUGUACACCGGCCGCAACAAGUCCCGCCAUGACAUGACCUACCCCCAAUUUUCUCAGAUGCUCCGUGGCCUGCAAGGCGAGCGCAUUCGCCAGGCAUUCCACAUGUUUGACAAGAACGGUGAUGGCUACAUCGAGCCCGAGGACUUCCAACGUAUCAUCCUCGAGACUUCCAAACACAAGCUUUCCGAUCACUUGCUCGAGAAUCUCCCCACCCUCUGCAACAUCUCCAACAGCAACCGCAUCUCCUACGCUACCGUUCGUGCUUUCCAAAAUGUCAUGCGUGAGAUGGACAUCAUCGAUCUCAUCGUGCGCGAAGCCACCCGCAAGAGCAGCGACGGCAAGAUCACUCGCUCUGACUUCCUCGACGAAGCUGCCCGUAUCACCCGCUUCUCAAUGUUCACCCCAAUGGAAGCGGAUAUUCUGUUCCAUUUCGCUGGAUUGGAAGCUCCCUCUGGUCGUCUCUCACAAAAGGACUUUGCCAAGGUCAUUGAUGCUUCAUGGCGCAUUCCCGUCGCCGCGGCCAGUCACGCAGCAGAUGCGGUGGCCACCAAGACCAAGUCGUUCUUGCACGGGGUCUUGGAAUCGGCGCAUCACUUUGGGCUCGGAAGUUUGGCUGGUGCCUUCGGUGCCUUCAUGGUGUACCCCAUCGACCUGGUCAAGACUCGCAUGCAGAACCAGCGAUCUACCCGACCUGGUGAACGCUUGUACAACAACUCGCUCGACUGUGCAAAGAAGGUCAUCCGGAAUGAGGGUUUCAAGGGACUAUACUCGGGUGUCAUUCCCCAGUUGAUCGGCGUGGCUCCCGAGAAGGCUAUCAAGCUUACGGUGAACGACCUGGUUCGCGGAGCCCUCGUUGACAAGGAGACGGGCAAGAUGUGGUAUCCUCACGAGAUUUUGGCCGGUGGAACUGCUGGUGCAUGUCAAGUGGUCUUCACAAACCCCCUCGAGAUCGUCAAGAUCCGUCUCCAGGUUCAAGGCGAGAUUGCAAAGAACGUUGAGGGCGCCCCUCGCCGCUCCGCUCUCUGGAUCGUGAAGAACCUUGGUCUGGUGGGCCUUUACAAGGGUGCCACUGCUUGUCUACUGCGCGAUGUGCCAUUCUCGGCCAUCUACUUCCCCACAUAUGCUCACCUCAAGUCUGACUUCUUCGGUGAGACUGCGACCAACAAGCUGGGUGUUCUCCAGCUUUUGACAGCUGGUGCCAUCGCCGGUAUGCCUGCUGCCUACCUGACCACCCCCUGUGACGUGAUCAAGACCCGUCUGCAGGUCGAGGCUCGCAAGGGAGAGACAAAAUACACUGGUCUGCGCCACUGUGCGACCACUGUCUGGAAGGAGGAAGGUCUGAAGGCUUUCUUCAAGGGUGGACCAGCCCGUAUUCUGCGCUCUUCCCCGCAGUUCGGUUUCACGCUGGCAGCUUAUGAAGUCCUUCAGAAGCUCCUGCCCAUGCCCGGCUCUGAAGAGGUCUCACCGUCCGGUCAGGUCGAGCCCGGUGUUGGUCUGCAAGGCGCCAAAGCGCCGCUGCCCUACCUCCGUUCCCGAAAUGCUCUGAAGCUUAUCCUAGAUGUGGAUCAGAACAUUGGCCGAGUGCAGGUCCCUCGGCCCGAGAACUGGCCCAAGUUCAUGCAGGCUUCAAAACAGUAA